AUGGAUCCGGAGCCGCCGGGGUUGAUGCUUGUAAUGGAGAAAGGUCCAUUAAAGGGGGAGACCCGGGAGUUCCAACCCGGUACCAACAUCCGGAUUGGUCGAAUUGCCCGUGGCAAUACCCUAACCAUCAAAGACGACGGCAUCUCCACGAAGCACCUGGCCAUCAAUUUCCAAACUCAUCCGGGUCCGGAUGGAACCAGUGGCUGGACCAUAUCCGACCUCGGGUCAUCAAACGGCACCAUUCUAAACUCCGACUCUCUCGAGCCCUUCGUGCCGGUCCAGCUCUCCGACGGUGACGUCAUCAAAAUCGGUGAGUUGACGUCGAUUAAAGUUAGGGUUACAGUAGCUGUCCAGGAGGAGAGUAAGACUCGGAGGGGGAGGACUAGGCGGGCCGGGAAAUUGGAGAUGGCGCCUGUUGAUGAGGAUGCUGAGGUGGAAUUAGGGAAAAUUGAGACAGCAGGUGGAGAAAAUUUGGACAAAAUGGCGAGUUUGAGCAUUGGAAUCGAAGAGAAGAGUGAAAACAUGGAAGCUUUGGGGAAAAAAGUGAGGGUAAAGAGGACAAGGAGCAAGAAGAAGGAGGAAGAUUUGGUGGAAAAGAGUGAGGCUGACGAAAAUGCUGAAGAAACUGAAAAUGUGGUUGAAAGGUUGAGACCAAGGAGGGGUAGGCAACCGAGAAAGAAAGAGAUUUCAGGUGGCGAAACGGCAAAUGUUAAUCAAAAUGGGGCUGUUGAUACGAAUGUGGUACCAGAAAAGCCAGAAGAGAGUUCGAAGAGGGUUACUAGGAGCAUGAGACAGGACGUAAAUUUGGCAGAAAAUGCGAUUACAAGGAGGACGACUAGGAGUACAAAAAAAGAAGAAGAUGGAGAGAAAUUGGUACAAGUUGAAACGGGGAGCAAGGUGACAAGAAAAAGUGCAAGAGCAAAGAAAAAUGUGAUUCGGAGUGUUAAAGACGAUGGAGCGACGAAAGAGGUCGAGAUGGUGGAAGAGAAGUUAGAGUUGGAGGCUGAAAACAUCAAAGGUGCUAUAAAAGACUCACCAGUGGAGGAGAUGAUGAUAAGAGAGAAUGAUGAUGGAGUGGUUGGUGGCAUGAUAGUAGGAAAGGAGGAGCUGAACUCAAAAAUGGACGCGUCUGGACCUUCAGGUACAUUGGCCAGGCCCUCUGGAAUUAAGGUUAAUAGCUUGAAUGAGCUGGAUUUGGAGAAGAUAACAUUAGGGGAGUGGUUGGAUCAUUUGGAAUAUUUUCUACCGGAACAAAUUAUUGAUUCUACAGAGAAGAUGAUUUCAGACAUGAGGCAGAAGGCCAAAAAAGUUCAUGAAUUAAUGUUGCCACAGGGAAAUGAUUUAGUUGGAGCUGGAAGAAGCUAG